GUGAGCGGGGAGGAGGGGGUUGGUAUGUUGGAAGUUGCGGCGGAGCUGGGACCGGAGACCCACGGCCCCGGCGCACGGAUGGGGAUGGUCUGAGCUCCAGCCUCUCCCCCUGCCCGGGAGCAGCGAGGCUGGAUACAUUUUAAAAAAGCCAAACUGCAAACAACUCUGGCGAUGCCAAAAUUCCCCUCCAAGUGACACGGCUUUGCUAAGGAGGUUUCCUCAGGCUGGGCUCUUUCUCUUAUUCGCUCUGCCUUCCUCAGCGACGAUUAUAAAAGCUUUGGUCUGGUAACAGGAAUUGAGGGGGACAAAAAGAAAAAAGAAAAGAAAAAGCUGUGCUAAACUAUCGUGACCUCAAACUCUUUGGACUUUUUUUUUUUAAUAUUGAAAGAAAAUCCAUCCUCAAAGACAAUCAGCAUAGGCGGAGAUGGAAGUUUUACCCUUGCUCUUGGUUUUGUCCUUCUGGUGGUCUCGAACCUUGGAUUCGGCGAGUGCGGAUUCUAUCAUUCACAUCGGAGCAAUUUUUGAUGAAUCUGCCAAAAAGGAUGAUGAGGUGUUUCGCACAGCAGUUGGCGACCUCAACCAGAAUGAGGAGAUCUUACAGACUGAGAAAAUCACAUUUUCGGUGACAUUUGUUGAUGGCAACAACCCUUUUCAAGCAGUUCAAGAAGCCUGUGAACUCAUGAAUCAAGGCAUCUUGGCCCUGGUCAGCUCCAUUGGCUGCACAUCAGCUGGGUCCCUCCAGUCUCUGGCAGAUGCCAUGCACAUCCCCCACCUCUUCAUUCAGCGCUCAACAGCUGGGACCCCAAGGAGUGGCUGUGGAGUCACCCGGAGCAACAGGAAUGAUGACUACACUCUCUCUGUUAGGCCACCUGUCUACUUAAAUGACGUUAUCCUGAGAGUGGUCACAGAAUAUGCCUGGCAGAAGCUAAUUAUAUUCUAUGAUAGUGAAUAUGAUAUCCGUGGAAUACAGGAGUUUUUGGACAAAGUGUCUCAGCAGGGGAUGGAUGUUGCACUUCAGAAGGUAGAAAACAACAUCAAUAAAAUGAUCACCACUCUCUUUGAUACCAUGAGAAUAGAGGAAUUGAAUCGCUAUCGAGACACUCUUAGGCGAGCCAUCCUUGUUAUGAAUCCUGCCACAGCCAAAGCCUUCAUUACUGAGGUUGUGGAGACGAAUUUGGUUGCUUUUGACUGUCACUGGAUCAUUAUAAAUGAGGAAAUAAAUGAUGUGGAUGUACAGGAACUUGUAAGAAGGUCAAUUGGAAGGUUAACCAUCAUUCGUCAGACAUUUCCAGUCCCCCAGAAUAUAAGUCAGCGAUGUUUCCGUGGCAACCAUCGAAUAUCUUCAACGUUGUGUGAUCCAAAGGAUCCAUUUGCUCAGAAUAUGGAGAUUUCAAACCUUUACAUAUAUGACACGGUGCUUCUGCUUGCUAAUGCUUUUCAUAAGAAGCUGGAGGACCGAAAGUGGCACAGUAUGGCUAGUUUGUCAUGUAUCAGAAAGAACUCCAAGCCCUGGCAGGGAGGGCGUUCCAUGCUGGAGACCAUCAAGAAGGGUGGAGUUAGUGGGUUGACUGGAGAGCUAGAAUUUGGAGAAAAUGGAGGCAAUCCCAAUGUCCACUUUGAAAUUCUUGGAACCAACUAUGGAGAAGAGCUUGGCCGAGGUGUUCGCAAACUUGGGUGCUGGACUCCUGUCACAGGGCUGAAUGGGUCCCUGACUGACAAGAAACUGGAGAAUAACAUGCGUGGAGUGGUCCUACGUGUGGUGACUGUUCUGGAAGAACCUUUUGUAAUGGUCUCUGAAAAUGUCCUGGGUAAGCCAAAGAAAUACCAAGGCUUCUCCAUUGAUGUUUUGGAUGCCUUAUCUAACUACCUGGGUUUUAACUAUGAAAUUUAUGUUGCACCGGAUCACAAGUAUGGAAGCCCACAAGAAGAUGGGACAUGGAAUGGCUUGGUGGGAGAACUAGUGUUUAAGAGGGCCGACAUAGGGAUUUCUGCUUUGACUAUCACCCCAGACCGUGAGAAUGUGGUGGACUUUACAACACGUUACAUGGACUACUCAGUGGGAGUCCUACUUCGAAGGGCUGAAAAGACAGUGGAUAUGUUUGCCUGUCUUGCACCAUUUGAUCUCUCACUAUGGGCUUGCAUUGCUGGCACAGUUCUUCUGGUCGGUCUACUGGUCUACCUCUUGAAUUGGCUUAAUCCCCCAAGAUUACAAAUGGGAUCGAUGACUUCUACCACUCUCUACAACUCCAUGUGGUUUGUGUAUGGAUCCUUUGUACAGCAAGGUGGGGAAGUCCCAUACACAACUCUGGCUACCCGAAUGAUGAUGGGGGCUUGGUGGCUAUUUGCUUUGAUUGUCAUCUCAUCUUACACAGCAAACCUUGCUGCUUUCCUCACUAUCACCCGCAUUGAAAGCUCCAUCCAGUCUCUCCAGGACCUUUCCAAGCAAACAGAUAUCCCUUAUGGCACAGUCCUGGACUCUGCGGUAUAUGAACAUGUUCGCAUGAAGGGAAUGAAUCCUUUUGAGAGGGACAGCAUGUAUUCCCAAAUGUGGCGGAUGAUCAACCGAAGCAAUGGAUCAGAGAAUAACGUUCUGGAGUCCCAAGCAGGCAUUCAAAAGGUAAAAUAUGGAAAUUAUGCUUUUGUAUGGGAUGCAGCUGUAUUGGAAUACGUGGCUAUCAAUGACCCAGACUGCUCCUUUUACACCAUUGGGAAUACUGUUGCUGAUCGAGGAUAUGGAAUUGCAUUGCAGCAUGGCAGUCCUUACCGGGAUGUUUUUUCACAAAGGAUCCUGGAGCUUCAGCAGAGUGGUGACAUGGACAUCCUGAAGCACAAAUGGUGGCCCAAGAACGGCCAGUGUGACCUGUACUCCUCAGUGGACACGAAGCAGAAAGGAGGUGCCCUGGACAUAAAGAGCUUUGCAGGGGUUUUUUGCAUCCUGGCUGCGGGGAUCGUCCUCUCCUGCUUUAUAGCCAUGCUGGAGACGUGGUGGAACAAGAGGAAAGGCUCCAGGGUCCCAUCAAAAGAGUUCCAAGUUCUAAUUCAGUGACAUAGUCCUGAAAGAUUUGCCACAUAAAGUAUAAUAUGCUUCAUCCCUGCAGAAUGAAACUACAACAUCUGAAAGAAGGAAUGCUUGGCCAUUGAGGCCAUGUUUGCAACUUGGCACCAGUACCUGGAGAAGCCAGGCAUCCAGUCGUGGCCUGCACCAAUCAUCACACCUGGGAGGACCUCUGGAUGACCCAUAACCUCUAGCAGCUCCAGGGCUGCUGAUCUCUUUCCCACCUAUCGAUCUCGGGACCCACUUGAUCCUGAGUGCCCAGAACUGGUGAGCUGAUGUAUUAUACCCUAAGUUAAAAAUUCUUGCUUAAGUAAGUUGAACUCGCCAGGUUGUGACACCCACAGAUUUUUUUCUGUAAUCCACUCAUAGAAAAGCAACAACGUGACUACUACUUUCAGCCACAGGUCGUGGGUCUUAGAGCAGCCGGCCCCUUCUUCUUGGAGGGAUGCUUCUAUGCAGUGGGCUCCUUGCCUAUGUGUCAUGGUCAGGAGCAUUCACACGGAGGUCCAGCUGGACCACAGAAGCUUUGUCCUCCAGCUUCUACCUGUUCAAGGUUCAACACAGUCUCAACUGUGGGUCUUGGGACUUCUGAUGGCCAAGUGUCAAGAAGACAGACGUGGAGGACCGAGGAGAAUGUGCCUUGGCAGAAUUGAACCAGAAAAAGACUGAGGCCUCUCCCAACUUUUAUUGAACCACUGGUGACUGUGAUUAAUCAUCUUCAGAGAAUUUUAUCACAGAGCUCUCUCCAUAUUACUGAAACCAUGUUAUCUUCAUAUUUACCAAAAGGAACCACAUUUCUCCAUGACAAGACACAUUGCCUUCACCCCCAGUGGCCAUCAAAAACCUACAUUCUGCAUGGAUCCCUGACUAAUGUAGAGCUACCAGUUUGAAUCCACAUCUAUUAAAUUUGUCAUUGUAGACGAAGAUCACUUGGAUCAUGAAAUUACACCUUGGAAUAGCAGUGCCUGUGUAUACUACCCACCAUCAAAAUAACUGAGUUUUCCCUGUUCCCAGUUCCACAUUCAUCUCUUAUACCUCUUCCAGGCAAAUCAAUCUCUUAAAAUGUAAAGUACGGAAGCAUCCCAUGAAACAUCUCAAUCCUCGGUGAAUUCAAAGAAUUUUUAUUGAGGAUCUAUUAUGUGCCCAGAACUGUAUUAAAUGCUGAUUAUACAGUGAUGAAUAUGUUACAGUGCUUGCCCCUAAGAAGUUUACAUUCUAAUGGGGAAGUCAAACAACUAAACAGAAUGAUGAGUGCUACAGCAGUGGGAUGAUGGCCACGAGAAUCCCCUCAUCUCUGAUCUUUGACCACCCAGGAAGCUCCUAGCUGUCCAGGUUACUCAGAUGAUCUCCUAAUAUGCCAAAGCAACCCACAAGAUUCAAGCCCAUAAGCAGCAGUCCCUGGGGGAACCCCUGCUAGUGGUGAUUGUAUAGAUUCUGGUUACUAAUGUAUGCUUUCUAAACCACCUGACUUUUAAACAAGUUAGGUGCUCACUUACUAAGCGCCUUCCCCAUUAUGUCAUCAAACUGGUAGCCCUCAGGUUGUAGCUGCUCGCAGGUGGAAUCAAGCUGUGAAUUUGGAAGAUGUGGCUUCGAGUUUGGGUCCUGGCACUUAUCAUGACUGUGGGCAAAUCACUUAAGCUCUCUAGUCUUUGGUGUCUUUCUUUGCAAAAUAAAAUUGAAAGUGUUACACACUAUACCUACCUCACAGGGUUGUUGUGAGACUCCAGUGAAAAUGUAUUUGAAAGCAUUUUGUAACUUUGUUAUUUCUAAUCACCCCAUUUUCCAUGGGCUCUUCCUCUUUCCUUCCAAAUACAGUAUUAUAAUUUACCAGAAGGAGGUACUCUUGCCACCUUCAUGCAAGUGAAUGGUACAAAGAAGAUGAAGUACGUGCCCUCCUAGAUAUCUGGCUUCAGUAUAAGAAUUCUGAUGCCUCACAAGACGACAAGGAUAUAAUCCAGAGGACCAAAGCCAGGACCCUAUUGCCAUAUAGACAUUCCACCAUUAACACACCACUAGACCUGGACACCAGUCAGCCUUCUUGAUGGAAGGCUUUCCCCAGGGUGAUAGUAGAGAACCCCCUCUUGGCCCCAGAGAACUAGCCAGACAGCAAUGAUUCAGGGAGUCACCUGGGUUUUGGCUACCAAAGGAAUCACCAGCCCCUCCAGUGGAGAGCAUGCCUCCUAAGAUAGAGUGAGAAGAGAUUUGGUUAUGAGGAGACACUGACCCAGAUAAGCAAAACACAAGCCACCCCUGACUGCGUGAUUUAUUAUAGCUGGGCUGGCAAGAAAAAAUUCUAGACAUUCAUUUACAGCCAAGAUUUGGUAACACAUUCCUUCUUCAAGCACACUUUAUCCCUCGGGCCAACCUGGCUCUUAUCUCUCUGAUUUUGACUUGUCUACUCCUUGUCUGUCUAACAGACCUGUGAUAAGCUGUGUUCCUGGCUAACAAGUCUCAUAUCACACACACACACACACACACACACACACACACACACAUACACACACACACACACACACACACACACACACAGAAGGAGGUAUGUUUUCUAUCCUACACACAUGGCCAAGCCUUAGCUUAGCCUUCCAGUUCUGGUGAUUCAAAAUGGAUUUUGGAUUGGCUGAUCUAAUUUGAGUCCAGUCUCACUGGAACAGUCUAUCCCAGGUUGAAAUACUGACUCUAUUUUGGUCCUGAGUAGAAGUUUAAAUGGAGUACCUAUGGAGCCAUUGAUACUCAACGAUCCUCUAAGGAAAAAAAAUGAUUUUGUCUUUCUACAUAGCUUCUAUACCAGCUUCUCCAAAACUAAGAACAUAUUAGCAUGUAACUCCAGGAAUAGCAUAAAGUUUCUACAAAAGAUCUCUUGAGUGAAGAGAAUGCUGAUUAUAUACCAAAAGAUCAGAUAGGAUUGGCAUCCCAGAAGCUCUAAAGUAAGAUCUUAAGCCUGAAAUAGAAAAUUUCAACUAUAACCCACUCCUCAGGCUCCCAGGGCAAGGAGAGAGGAUUUUAGGAAAAAUAUUGAUUGUGUCAGUUUCCAAACUAUUUUUAAAUGGGACGGAAAAUAAUUCACAGUCUCCUCCUAGCUAUUUGUCAGAAUAGCUCAAUCUAAUGUACCAAAUCAGUGAACUGAGAAAUUCACAAAUCUUUUCUUAAGGCUGUAACAUUAAAAUUUCAUUUUAAGACUUUAAAAAAAAUCGAAAACAAUUAAAACAGUGUUUUAUAGUUUACAGUCCCCACUUGCCGUGGGAAGGGAGCCAGAGAGACUCAGAGUACCAGCCACCCAAGGUCAGAGGCACUGAGCCAAUGGACCCUGCAAAGAGCAGGCCCAUGCCAGGAAGAAAAGCUGUUGCUGAAAUGACAGCCCAAGCUUAUGAAAUAAGAUGAACUUCAGCUCAUGGUAACUGAGAAGGAAGAACAAAUCGGGAAAGAGAUUAAGACGUCGGAAUAGGUAUCAGGACAAAUACGACUGGUUAGGAAAUGGAGUCACCUACAGACACAUGAUGUUUGUCUUACAGUAGCCUUUCUUAUGAAUCACAAUGUUACAUCCUAGUUUCCUUUUCAGAAGUAAAGUCCUCAGUAUCACUGAUGUCACUCACAUAGCCAGCCCCAGAUAGAAAACCCUUCCUCACCCACAGACAUACCUUUUAUGAUCUUGGUUGACAUAAUUUUCUUUUUCAGAGAUUUUUAAUUUUUUCAUAAAUCUUUGAUGAAUUAUUUUAUCAAUAAAAAUUUGUCAA